AUGUCUUACCCUACUGUUCGUCCCAGCCGCUUGACGGUCUUUAGCCGAGACGGCACACUUAUCAUCAUCGUGCCCCUCAAUCACGAGGCUGGAGCAGGCGAGCAAGGUGGACCAGGACAAGGCUCUCUACCAGCUCAGCCUCCUGCAGCCGGAUUCCGCACAUCAGCCGAUCAAUUGAAGCGUGUCUCGCCUCUAAUGAACAGGGUCCUUACCACCUUAGAAGCUCAAACCAUGUUACGUUCGCCGCGUGGGCUUGAUUAUGUGCUACCCAAGUACGAUCCCGAUCUCGUCCGGUUGUUCUUGACGAUCCUUCACAACCCGCAACACCCCAUUACGCCUCUUACCGACCUCCUUCAAAUUGCAAAGCUCACUCAAAUAGCAGCGUUUUUCGAAUGCCCCUCUCUUAUUGCCUCCCAUGUUUCUGCGUGGCUAUCGAGCAGAGACUCCGAACCGCCCAGAACCUAUUGUCCCACCCUCAUGGUUUUUGUGUCGAUUUCGCUCCACCUCCACUUUGACAACAUGUUCGCCAAGUACACUAGUAUUGCAAUCGCAGAGAGCCCUGGACAGAUUACUUCCAUGGGCGCUCCCAUUUCUGGUGAUGUCCUCGAAGAUCUAAACCAGCGCCGGAAUUGCUUCAUCGGCGCCCAUUUCGACGUUUUGCACAACACUCUUAACGUACUCCUUAAAGGGCCCCCAGGAUGCACUGUAGAUUGCGAUUCUCGGAUGUUGGAUGCUCUGAUGAACCAGAUGAAACAGCAUGGCCUCCUUCGACCCAAGCCAGCGGCGCCCUAUAGCGGUCUCACUCACCGGCAGCUGGCCUCAACCAUCGCUUCCUUCAAAUGUCCGGCUGGAGUUGAUAUGAAAACAGUCUUAACUUUGCCGCCUUCCCUCCAAAAUGCGGCAUUUAUUUGGAGCUUACGAGUGCAACAAGCAGACUAUGUGCCGUUUUGCUCAUGGACUUGCAGUCUUCAACGAAUUGCGGGUCAACUCGAAUGGGUAUGA